UCUGUAAAUCAGUCAGGAGUUGCAACAGUGUUUGGUGAACAGCGUCCAUUUAAACUGCCUUCAUCUCUACACUAGGGUGCGUAAAAUCUGUGCGCGUAUUUACGCAUUUAAAUCUUCAACAACAGACAACACAGCUUUAAAUCAGCGCUUACUAAUUGAACUCGGUAAGCUUCCUGUGGAGAAGACCUGCUAUGGAUAUGGUGUAUUUAGUGUGUUUGGCGCUGAGCAUCGGUGCUUGGUUCGCCUCUGCGGAGAGACACAGCGUCUACUGGAACAGCUCGAACCCAAACUUCCUGUGGGAUGAGUACACAGUGGAUGUGCGUAUAAACGACUAUCUGGACAUCAUCUGCCCCCACUACACCCACGGCGAGGUGUCAUCGCAUGCAGCUGAGCGCUAUGUGCUGUACAUGGUGGAGAAGGAGGACUAUGAGGUGUGUAAGCCUCACUCCUUCGACCAGCUCCGUUGGGAGUGCUCGCGGCCGUUCGCUCCCCACGCUCCCGAGAAGUUCUCUGAGAAAUUCCAGCGUUUUACUCCCUUCACCCUGGGCAAGGAAUUCAGACAGGGAGAGAGCUAUUAUUAUAUCUCCAAGCCAAUGCAUCACCAUGGCCAGGAUUGUCUCAGACUGAAAGUGGAUGUUGUCGGGCAUAAAGGCUCUGGAAAGACCCAUGUAGAUAAAUCCAAGGCAGAUGAUCUGGGAAAAAGCAUUGAUGGAGGAAAAGGGAUGUUUCCUGCAGCUGGAGGGGUUCACAACCCCUCAAACCGUCUCCCAGCAGAUGACCCUGAGGUGAUGGAGCCAAAUGUUCAGAGGAGUAUCGGAAGUUCAGGAGCACAGCUGGUCUUUCCACUCUUCCUUACCAUGCUCCCAGUCUUAUUAGCUGUAAUGCUACACUAAGGCUGAUCGCCACAACAGAGACAAUGCUAACCCAAUGCUGGCCACUGGGACCAUGAACACUCAAAGAGACUCUUUUUAUACAGAUUUUUUUUUAUACAAGCAUGGACAGUGCUGUCAGUGUGUGUUUGUGUGUUUGUUUUGUGUGAAUGUGGAACGUGGAUCGUUUCAAAGAAGAGG